CUCGCCGGGAAUUCGCGCCCCUCGCGCUCCUCCCGCGCGGAGGGGGCCGCCUCGGGCCAUGGUGCCCUUCCAGGAGGAGUCCGCCGCCGCGCGGGGGACGAGCGAGGCGCCGCCACCCUACCCGAAGCCCAUGGAGACCGCUCCGCUGCCUGGCCCGGGACCCUCGGACGGCCCCGAGGCGGCCGCCGAGAAGGUGGAGGUGGAGCUGCCAGGGCCGGUGGGUUCCGAACCUCCUCAGCCCCCCGAGGGCGGCUGGGGUUGGCUGGUGAUGCUGGCGGCCAUGUGGUGCAACGGGUCGGUGUUUGGCAUCCAGAACGCCUGCGGGGUGCUCUUCGUGUCCAUGCUGAAGACCUUCGGGUCGGACGACCAAGGCAAGAUGGUCUUCAAGACAGCAUGGGUAGGUUCUCUCUCCAUGGGGAUGAUUUUCUUUUGCUGUCCAAUAGUCAGUGUCUUCACAGACAUAUUUGGUUGUCGGAAAACAGCUGUCGUGGGUGCCGCAGUUGGAUUCAUUGGACUCAUGUCCAGUUCUUUUGUAAGUUCCAUCGAGCCUCUGUACCUUACCUAUGGAAUCAUAUUUGCCUGUGGCUGCUCCUUUGCAUACCAGCCUUCACUGGUCAUUUUGGGACACUAUUUCAAGAAGCGCCUUGGACUGGUGAAUGGCAUUGUCACCGCUGGCAGCAGUGUCUUCACGAUCUCGCUGCCUUUCCUUUUAAGGGCUCUGAUUGACAGCGUGGGCCUCUUUGACACACUGAGGGUCCUCUGCGUCUUCAUGUUUGUUCUCUUUCUGGCUGGCUUUACUUACCGACCUCUUGCUUCCAGUGCCAAAGAUAAAGAGAGUGGAACCAAAGGAGACAACAGAUUCUCCCUCUUUUCCAGGAGAAAGUACAGUCCUCCAAAAAAAAUUUUCAAUUUUGCCAUCUUCAAGGUGACAGCUUAUGCAGUGUGGGCAGUUGGAAUACCACUUGCACUUUUUGGAUACUUUGUACCGUAUGUGCACUUGAUGAAACAUGUGAAUGAAAGAUUUAAAGAAGAAAAUAAUAAAGAGGUGGUUCUUAUGUGCAUUGGCAUCACCUCAGGAGUUGGACGACUGCUCUUUGGGCGGAUUGCAGAUUAUGUGCCUGGAGUGAAGAAGAUUUACCUACAGGUACUCUCCUUUUUCUUCAUUGGUCUGAUGUCCAUGAUGAUUCCCUUGUGUAGUGUCUUUGGGGCCCUCAUUGCUGUCUGUCUCAUCAUGGGUCUCUUCGAUGGAUGCUUCAUCUCCAUCAUGGCUCCCAUUGCUUUUGAGUUAGUUGGUGCCCAGGAUGUCUCCCAAGCAAUUGGAUUUCUACUUGGAUUCAUGUCUAUACCCAUGACGGUGGGCCCACCCAUUGCAGGGUUACUUCGUGACAAGCUGGGCUCCUAUGACGUGGCAUUCUACCUUGCUGGACUCCCUCCCCUGAUUGGAGGUGCUGUGCUUUGUUUUAUUCCGUGGAUCCAUAGUAAGAAGCAAGGAGGGACCAAUAAAACCACUGGAGGAGAAAAGGUGGAGAAAAUGUUGGAGAACCAGAACUCUGUGCUAUCAAGCUCAUCCGGACUCCUCAAGAAAGAAUCUGACUCUGUUAUUUAAUGUCUUACAUACCUGCAUCAGACUGGACUUGCUUUCAGAAGUUAAAGCAACUUUUCCUUUUAUAUGAAUUGCAAAUUUCUUAUUUUUUUAAAUCACAUCCUAGGAAUAGCACAAUAAUUGGGAAAUAGAACCCUUAUCACUACAGAACCAUUUUUGGCCACCGAAUAGCUGGUAUAUCCACAAGUCUGAGGGCAGUGACUCUGAUGCAUGAAAACAUGUCUCAAAGUCAAAUUAUAUUUAAUUGUGAGAAUUUGAAGCUAUCUCAGUAAAAAACCAACUUUGGAAACUGUGAAUGCUAUUUAGCUUGUACAGAUAUUUAAAAAUACCUCAAGCUAUACUGAAAGGGUUACAGUUUGGGUAGGACUGGAAAUACUGUUCAUUGUCUCACCUGAUAUCUUUAUCUGGUACCUUUGUUUUAACGUCUGUUAUUUGGAAACUUCUUGCAAAAUUUAACCCUGAAUUCCGUGUAGUACCAGAUAUACUUAAACCUAAAGUCUGUGUUAAAGGUACUUGCCUACUGUUGAAUAAGCUAUGACAUUAUUAAGAUAUCCUGACUUGCUCCAGUGUCAAGGGACCUGUCUUGGAAGAGAUGCUAAGGAUGUAUUUAGAAUCAAUAUGUGCUAUGAAAGGUUCCUGUUCAUAAAGGCAGAGCAGUUCAGAAAUCAGGCAUUCUUCCAUUUAUGUUUUUCUUUCAGUUUGUAGUGUUUUACUCAAGUAGUCAGAAAGACCCCAAUUUUCUGAAUUUGUUUAAAUUGUAAUAAUAAAGUAAAAUAGAAUGAGUGAAAGAAAUUCUGCAAUUUUAACUUAGAAUUUUUCUGACUUCUGGAUUUGUUAGCACUAGGACCUGAUAUUUAAAUAAAAGCAUUAUUGGGCAUAUUAUCCAGUUGCAGUUACAGGCACAAAUGGAGGGGAAAAAAACCCAGUUUGUAUUCAUGAAGAAAAUAUCCAUUUCUGAUAGAAGUAAUUGCUUAAACUGGUUUAUGAAAUUAAUUGGCCUUAAAAGGCCAGAAGUACUUAAAAAGAGAAACAACUUCUAGAUUUCCAAAUUUUUUAGCAAAAAUUUACGUUUAUAUUUAUUUAUUUAUCCUAGUUUGCAUACCAUUAACAUUCCCAUUAUUUUUCUUGUUUAUCCGUAGAAUAUCCUGUUAUUAGAGUUUCAAAAAACUCAUUGCUGUCAAGUUGAUUCCUACUCACAGCGAUCGUAUAGGACACAGCAGAACUGCCCCAUACGGUUUCCAAGACUGUACCUGCCACAGCUUUUUCCUGUGGAGCAGCUGGUGGGUUUGAACUGCUGGCCUUUUGGUUGUGGCUAAGCGCUUACCCACUGCACUACCAGGGCUCCUUUUAGCAUUUCAAUGACCCAGAAUUAAAACCAAAGUCAUGUCAUGUCAAUUAAAACCAAAACCAUACUCAUUUACAAAGACAGAAAUACUUUCCUUAUCUAUGUUUUUGUUUUAGAUCAUUAAAAGUAAAUAAUAUGCAAGGUAUAUUUAAAAUCCUAGCUACAGAUGUACAUUAGAUCUUUCUCAACUGUAGCUUAUUCACCUGGAAAGAAUGCUGUCUUCUAAAAUACCUCCAGGGUCUGUUUCUAAAUUCUCUGUAAGAAAAGAGAAGCUUAAUGUAUCAUUUUACUACUUUUCUUUUCAGCUCCUCAUCUCUGAGAGGCACAGUCCUUCCAUUCUUUGUCUCUAGCUGAGGAUGGAGAUACCUGGAUUUAUAGUUGUUGAUUUGGGGGAGAAGGGGUAGGGAGGUGGAGAGAAGUGAGGCAGUGAAUUGAGCAGUUGGAAAAUCCAAUGACUUUUCCCUUCAGUUUCAACUCUUUCAUCUCCCACCUUGAAAGAUCAAAGUGUAUGUGCUAAUUGUAGAAUUUAUUUUUAAUAGGAUUUUAAAUUAUUUUGAUUGUGAAGAUAUUCAGCAAUUUACUAUGCCAUACACACAGCUGCAACUUGCUACUUCCAACAUUUCUGUAUUUCAUAUUCAGGGCAUUUUGUCUACAGAAGGCCUUGUUGCAGGAAAAAAAAUGUACAUUUGAACCAUACUGAUUUUAAGCUUUUAGAAAACAAUUCAGAGAUGAUAAUGUAAUACAUUAUCGAAUUCUUUAUUUAUGCCCAGUUAUAUAAAAAUUACUUCCACACUAUUAUUAGUGCUUUUGAGAAGUUCAGCAAAAACACACAGCUAAGACCAACCAUUAAGCCUGCCAUUAUAAAAGGUUUACUUUUUUAAAAAUAGUUUCAGCGCAAGCUCCUAAAGACCUUCAGAUGUACAGACUAAUUCUAAAAUGGAGAAUUUAAUCUGUAAAGACCUCCAAAAUGUUUUUACUUGCAAAUUUGGCUGGUUUUAGAGAAAAAAAAUUAAUAAUCUGCAACCCAAAGAUUUGAUCUUGCAUGGUUAAGCUUCCAUAUUAAAACAGCAAAGUGAAUUAAGUAUUGUAAUAAAACUUAGUUAUCAGCAUAUUGGGAAACCCUGGUGGCAUAGCAGUUAAGUGCUACUGCUGCUAACCAAAGGGUCGGCAGUUCAGAUCCGCUAGGCGCUCCUUGGAAACUCUAUCGGGCAGUUCUACUCUGUCCUGUAGGGUUGCUAUGAGUUGGAAUCAACUCGACGGCACUGGGUUUGGGUUUUUUUUGGAUCAGCAUAUUGCAUUUGUGUGUAAUAUUAUAUAUAUGUAGUUUUUCAGUCUAAUAGAAUGAAUCAACCUGGAUCUAUAACUGAAGAAAAAAAAACCCAUUUCUGUCAAGUAGAUUCCAACUCAUAGGGACGCUACAGGACAGAGUAGAGCUGCCCAUAGGGUUGCCAAGGCUGUACAUUUUUACAGAAGCCAACUGCUACGUCUUUCUCUCUCUUGGAGCAGCUGAACCUUUUGGUUAGUGGCCGAGCACUUUAACCACUACACCAGCAGGGCUCCUUUUAAUACUGAAAAAACCCACAAUAAUGAGCUUCCACAGAGAGUCCUCUGUUGUAAUAAUGUAAAGUUAAAAAACAAAAGUAUAAAAGGUAAGAUGCUAAAUUCUAUGAGACGCAUAUUUAGUAAGAUAUGUGUUCGGUAAGAAAAAAAAGUCUAAGAUAUACAAACCAAGAAAAUGAAAAAUAUUAAUAAGGUUUUGUGUGUGUUUUGGGACCAAGAAAUAUUUAGCUUUUCAGUCAAAACAGUCAUUUCUAAUUUCUGAACACAAUGUUACUGCUGCAAUAAAGUGACCUUAUGGGCCUAUAUUUUUGUUUUGUUCAAUCCAGACAGUUUUUUGAGCAGAAAAGAAUACGGAGUCAGAGAACUCUGUUUUCUGUCUCAUCAUCCUAAUUGUCACAACCCCUGUAAGAAGGGGGUGAUUCUUUCCAGAAACUCGGGAUCAGAUACUAUUAUAACAGAUGCCAAGGAUCUUCAAGAAACGUUGUGGUUAAAUUUUAUUGCAGUGGAUAUUAUUGAGGUCCAUCCAUUUUGGUAAUAAUGUGCCGCCUAGAUUGUUGGUACUUUAUUCAAAAUUUGUAAAUCUCUUUGAUCACAGUCGCAGUGCUUACUCUAUGGCCCUAUUUUUUUUUUUUUUUGAUAAUAAUUUUU